CGACGCAUGCGCUGUAACUGCUCCGACUAAGACCUCCUCCCUUAGAGUCAGACUUCGUAGUGCAGUUCGCAAACGAUUCUCGGCAGUGCAUAUCUUCUGUUGGUCAGCAAAACAUGAAUUUCCUCCACGGGUUAGUUCUGCGAUUUCUUUCGAUCAACUUCGAACUCACGCGAAGAGAUAAGGAGAAGUGAGCUGAAUCAACCGCACCGAAUCCGCAGCGAAAAAAUGUCUACGUACUCACUUGAAGAUGUCGCCAAGCACAACGAGAAGAGUUCGUGUUGGCUCGUGAUUCAUGAAGGAAUCUACGAUGUCACGAAGUUCAUGGAGGAGCAUCCGGGUGGCGAAGAAGUGCUUCUUGAACAAGGUGGACGGGAAAGCACUGAAGUUUUCGAAGACGUCGGACACUCCACCGAUGCAAGAGAGCUUAUGGCCAAAUACAAAAUCGGCGACCUGUGCGAUGAGGAUAAAGCGAAGAUCAAGAAGGUUGCCGAGAAAUCCAAGUUCCCCGAGCCAUCUCAAUCUGAGGGCAGUCUGUCAGCUUGGGUCGUUCCGACUGCCAUCGCGCUUGGCGCGACGAGCCUCUACCAUCUAUUCCUCAAGCACCAGACUAGUUCAUCCUAGACAUCCGGAGCCCGGAGAUUUCGAGCGGAUAAAUGUCUUGCGUCACCCUUGACACCUGCCGUCGCCCUGACAGUCACGACUGGUGCGGCUCUCAUCCAGACUUUCGAAUGGUCGGUCGACAGUCUAGGAUGCUUCUCCAGGUCAAGGGAAUAUUUCAAAGCUAUUGGAAUCCAUAUCUUCGAUGAAGUGGUCAAAAUCAUUCCAUUGUUUCAAUGCAAUAUAUACGAGUUCAGGUUCCGUCGCCUCAUAGUUGCGUCUUCGUUGACGACAAUAAAUGAAUAUUUUUCUAUACAGAAAAAAAAUAAAAAAC